AUGAUACGACGCUCACCACUAAGGAGAUCAACACUAUGUCAUAUUAAAUAUGUCUCCACUGUCCUGUCAAAGACUAUAGAAUUUCCAAAAUUGGAUGAAAAAUGGAAAAAUGCAUGGAAGGAACAAUCCCCAACAAAUUCACUCCACCCAACCAAGCACUUGAUUCCUAGUGAUGCUGAGACUUUUUAUUCUUUGUCAAUGUUUCCAUACCCUUCAGGGGUUCUUCAUUUAGGUCACCUUCGUGUGUAUACAAUCAGUGAUGUGGUGGCUAGAUUCAAAAGAUUAAAUGGAUAUAACGUGAUUCAUCCAAUGGGAUGGGAUGCCUUCGGAUUACCAGCAGAAAAUGCUGCAGUUGAAAGAAAUAUCAAUCCAGCAGAAUGGACAGAAAUGAAUAUUGCAAAAAUGAAACAACAAACGGAAAUUUUCCUUGCGGAUUUUGAUUGGGAAAGAGAAGUUAAUACAUCAUCUCCAGAAUAUUAUAAAUGGACCCAGAAGAUUUUCUUGAUGUUAUUUGAAAGAGGUUUAGCUUAUCGUAACUAUUCGGAAAUUAAUUGGGAUCCUGUUGAUCAAACUGUUCUUGCAAAUGAACAAGUUGAUGCCGAUGGAAGAUCAUGGAGAAGUGGUGCAAUUGUUGAGAAGAAAUUUUUGAAACAAUGGUUCAUUCGUAUUACUGAGUAUGCUAAGGAAUUGAAUCAUGAUUUGAAAUAUUUGAAUAAUUGGCCAAGUAAAGUGAAGACUAUGCAAAAGAAUUGGAUUGGUGAAUCGACUGGUACUGAAAUUGUCAUUCCUUUAGAUUCUGGAUUUGGUGAUGUUAAAGUGUUUACUUCUAGACCAGAUACAUUGUUUAGUUUACAAUUUGUUGCUUUAGCUUUGAAUCAUCCAAUUGUGGAAAAAUUGGCAUCUGAAGAUCCGGAAUUGGCAAAAUUCAUUGAAGAAGCAAAACAAAUAGAUGAUCCAACUUCAAAGAUUGGAUAUAAAUUGAAAGGGGUAAAAGCAUCUAUUCCAAUUGAUGUGAACAACCAAGCUCAAAAGAAGUUUGAUAUUCCAAUCUACACUGCUCCUUAUGUCUUGGGUGACUAUGGACAUGGUGCAGUGAUGGGGUGUCCUGGUCAUGACGAACGUGAUUUUGAAUUUUGGAAAUUGCACGAACCUGAAACCCCAGCUACUCAGAUAGUGGCUCCUAAAAAAUCUGAUGACUCUAGUUAUCCAUAUGUUGAAAAAGUUGGUACUUUACAAGAUAGUACUGUUUUGCCCCAUGGUUUGAAAACAAUUGGGGAUUAUAAAGGGAAGUCUGUGAAAGAAGCUAUGAAAUUGAUCACAAAGAAUUUAGAAUACCAUGGUUUGGGUAAAUCAUCGACCCAAUUCAGAAUUAGAGACUGGUUGAUAAGUAGACAAAGAUACUGGGGUGCACCAAUUCCUAUUGUUCAUUGUGAUGAUUGUGGACCUGUUGCAGUUCCAGAUGAACAAUUACCUGUCUUGCUUCCAACAAUUAAAGGUCAACAUUUUGGUAAAGGUAACCCAUUAGAGAAAAUUGAAGAAUUUGUAAAUACUGAAUGUCCUUCCUGUGGAAAACCAGGAAAACGUGAAACUGAUACCAUGGAUACAUUUAUGGACUCCUCGUGGUACUUUUUCCGUUACUUGGAUCCUAAAAACAAAAAAUCGUUACUUGACCCAGCCGCUGCAAAGAAUAUGCCAGUUGACCUUUACAUUGGUGGUGUUGAGCAUGCAAUUUUACAUUUGUUGUAUUCAAGAUUUGUUAGUAAGUUUUUAAGUGACUGUGGUAUUUGGAAUGGUGAACCUCAUCACAAAGAACCUUUCCAAAAAUUAGUCACCCAAGGUAUGGUUCACGGUAGAACAUUUACUGAUCCAACUAAUGGUAGAUUUUUAAAACCAAAUGAACUUGACGUCACUGAUCCACAAAAUCCAGUCAUCAAGUCAACUGGUGAAGUACCAAAUGUGUCGUUUGAAAAAAUGUCCAAAUCAAAAUACAAUGGGGUUGAUCCAGCUGAAUGUAUUGGAAAAUAUGGUGCUGAUGUAGUUAGAGCACAAAUGUUAUUCCUGGCUCCAGUUUCAGAUACACUUAAUUGGCAAGAAGAACAAAUUGCUGGUACCGACAGAUGGUUACGCAGAGUAAUUCAAUUGAGUGAUAAUAUUGUUGGGGCUACCUACAAAUUAGAUGAGCAAACGGCUCCUCAUUCGUUCAUGGGACUCACUCUCAAUGGUAAAACUUAUGAUAAUAUCAAAUUUACCUCUGAAGAAUUGAAGCUUUAUAAUGAAAUUCAAUCUUAUGUUCAGUCAAUUACCAAAUCCAUAGAAGUUGACUUUUCAUUGAAUACAGUCAUUUCAGAUCUUAUGAAGAUGACAAAUGCCAUUUCAAAUGCUGUCAAGUCACCAGAGCAGUUCAAUCAAGACUUGGUCUUUGAUUGUUACAAGAAAUUAUUGGUAUGCAUGGCCCCAGUUACUCCUGCAACAUCAGAGGAGUGUUGGGAAAGGUUUUCAAUUAAUCAAGGUAUAAGUCAACCAAAAUCCAUUUUCUAUGAAAAAUAUCCAAAUGAUAAACCAAUUGAAUCUAACUUGAUAUCAUUCAAUAUCUUCAUUAAUGGUAAACAUCGUGGAACUAUUGAAUCUGAUAAAUCAUUAAUUGCUAAGACAGAUGAUGAAAUUAUUAAUGAAAUUUCACAGAUUGAACAAUUUUCCAACUUUAUCAACGGAAAACCAUUUAGAAAACUUAUUAAAAAGCCUGGUAUGAUAAGUAUCGUCUUGUAA